AUUUCACGUGUCUAACAGCAGGGGGCGCUGUGGCUGAGCACUGCCACAGUGAUUUUUUUUUACUUCCGGACCGGGACAGUGAGGUGAACAAGUUGUGCAUUAGCGCAGAGAGUUUAGCCGAAGAGAAUGGGGGCAGAUGGUGUCCCGGGUCAGUCUGUGCACUGGCGGAAGGUGCUGUGGGAACGCCAGCCGUUUCCUGAUAACUACGUGGACCAGAGGUUCCUGGAGGAGUUGCGGAGGAAUGAGGGCAUCCGUCAGUAUGACUACUGGGCUGUGGUGAAAGAAGCAGGCUUUGUAGGACAGCAGCUGUCUUGUGUGGCUGUUUUUAUCACGCUGUGGCUCUACAUGGAACAGGAUCUUCUGGCCCCUGAGAUGUUGCUGUGGACCAGCCUUGUUAGUGCCCUGCUGGGUUAUGGACUCCACCAGGCUUUGACUUCUCAAGAUGAAUCCUGCAGUGAAAAACGCACGCAUCUGGCAGAUUUGCAGAGUGCUGCCCUUUUCCUUUCGUUUACCUUUGGCUUCUCACCAGUUCUUAAAACCUUAACAGAAUCUGUGAGCACAGACACGGUGUACGCUAUGUCUGCUGUAAUGUUGCUGGCUCACCUUGUGUCAUUCCCAUAUGGCAAGCCCUCACCUCCUGGGAGUCUCUCCUUAAAUGCAGCCCUUUUUGCCUCUGUGUGUUUGGCCUCGAGGUUACCUGGCGCUCUGCACACCUUUACCAUGCUUACCUGUGCACUGCUGGUGUUUGCCCUAUGGCCCUGUCUGCUGCAGCGUCUGAGGGAGAACGCCCCUCGCCAGUUCACUGGAGUGUGUGUGGUAGUGUGUAUUGGAGGAGUAGGAGGUCUGGCAUCCCAGUCACAGGGCGGAGCCGUGCUCUUAUCCCUGGCCUUAGUUAGCGUUACAUUGCUCUGUCCCUUGCUGCUCGUAUGGCUGCAGAGGCACAAGGACAACAUCCAAGGACCCUGGGAUGAGGCUGAGAUUCAUGAGGACCUCGCAAACUUUCUCCACUAAUGGACAAACUAAGCUGCUUCUGACCAAACUAACAAUGAGGACAAUGGUUAGUUUUAAUACGUCUCAUCUUGUCAAGAAA